GUCAGAGCAGCGUGCGUCAAAGGGCCGACCUGUAGCCAGUCACCCAGCGGUCUGUCGGAGGGCAAAGUGUACACAGCAGCCUACAUACCCAACUCUCAUUCCUCCAUCCGAGGACGCAGGCACAGACAGGCUUCAGCCGCACGGAGGGUGUUUCACCGGCCGGUGUGCGUGGGUCUCAUGUAACCGGGACUGAAGACUAGUACUGCUUUAUGCCGGUUCCCUCUCCGCCGUGGCCCUCUGUGAGCUCCCGACCCGAGCCCCGGUGACCAUGGGUGGGAGUCUGGGCUGCCACCGCUCCAUCCCCAGGGACCCCACGGACUUCAGCUGCGGCAAACGCAAGUUCAGCGCCGCUUGCAACUUCGGCCACAUCCUGGUGAACCAGGAGCGGCUCAACAUCAACACCGCCACCGAGGAGGAGCUCAUGACUCUGCCGGGAGUCAACCGCACUGUUGCGCAGAACAUAGUGGAGUACCGGGACUGUAUAGGAGGGUUUAAAAAGGUGGAGGACUUGGCUUUGGUGAGUGGGAUCGGAGCCACCAAACUGGAGGUGAUCAAACUGGAAAUAUGCGUCUCCAGUAGGACCAGCUCGUCCCAGCACUCGCCGUCGUCGCUGCGUAAAGAUGUGGAUCACCAGUCCUCCUGCACCGGGAUGAACAUCAACACCGCCACCCCGGCGCAGCUCAUGAGCAUCCGAGGCAUCACUGAGAAGAUCUCCAAGAACAUAGUGGCCUACAGGGCUGAUCAUGGCCCGUUCAGGAGCAUCGAGGACCUGGUGAGGGUCAACCACAUCAACAGCUCCCUGCUGGACAAAAUCCGCUUCCAGGUGUUCGUGGAGCGCUCCAGGGCGCCGUCCACCAACACCAACGGAGGGCUCACCUGCACCACCAAGUCCCACCCGAGCCCGACCUCGUUCAGUCUCAGGAGCGACGACCUGGACCUCCCGCCAGGAGGACCGACCCAGAUCAUCUCUGUGAGGCCCGACGUGGAGCCUCCAUCGGGCCUGAGGGAAGGGAAGCCCGUGGUGCGUCUGGCCACCUGGAGCCUGCAGGGCUGCUCCUGCGACAAGGCCAACAACCCGGGGGUCAAGGAGGUGGUGUGCAUGACCCUGCUGGAGAAUAACAUCAGGUUACUGGCGGUUCAGGACCUGCUGGAGCGGGAGGCUCUCGAUAAGUUCUGCGUGGAGUUAAACCUAGGAACUCUAGCCAGCGUACGGAAGUGGAAAUGGCCACGAGGGCUGUGGAAAAGUGUCGUGUCUGAAAAACCAACGGGACAUUCGAGCAAGGGAGUGAGCUACUCUGGCUUUCUGUGGGACACUUCGUCAGGUAUUGACAUGAAGGAUGCAGCAGUCCUGGAGUCUCCUGUUGUCAACGGCAACGGAAAUCAUAGCUACCCUCGCCUCUACUUGGCUCACUUCUCUGUUGGUUCAUACGAGCUGACAGUGGUGAACGUCCACAUGCAGACCACAGCUGCAUCAGGAGAGUCCAACGGCAAGAACCACAACACAGAAGAAGCCAAGUGUCCGCACCUCCCCCCCACCAUCCAGGAAACACUCAGAGGUGAGAAGGAGUUGCUGGUGCUGGGAGAUUUCAGCUCGCCAGCUCAGAGCUCGGAGUUCGACAUACUGAGAAAGGAGAAGCUCUGUGCCCUGGUACCAUCCUCCCAGUUCACCAACAUCAGCACCCGCUCACCACAGGGCACCCGCUGCCUGGACAACAUCUGGGUGAGCCGCUCCCUCAAGAAGAUCUAUUCCGGCCACUGCCUGGUGGUGCGGGAGGGCCUGACCAACCCCUGGAUCCCAGACAACUGGUCGUGGGGCGGCGUGGCGUCGGAUCACUGCCCCGUGGUGGCCGAGUUCUACGCAGACGUCUCCACUAAGGAGUUGAGCAGGCCUGGUAUGGCAGUGGUGGACCGAGGAGACAUUAUUCCCAAGCACGAGCGGUGACGGCAUCCAGCAGUCACAGAAAAAAAAAGACAGUAGUGACGUAAGACUUUGUCUCUGCCCGGAUCACGCUCCGUCUUGGUUCGCUGUGGAGCAAAGACUUUCCUGAUGAAUGUGAAGAAGUGCCAAGAUUGCCUUUUUGGUUUCAAUUUAUCAAAGUAUGAUAGUAACUGGUGAUAGAGCCAUAACAAUGUUCCGACAAAAUAAAUAUAAUGUACUUUAAAAAGAAAUGUGCCAAACAUUUUCUAUAUGUAUAUAAAAUAAAGAGAAGUUGAUAG